AUGCAAGUCGACGGUCGCACAUGCAAAACGAGGCUGGCUGGCGGCUUUGCUUUUUCCAGGGAGACCUACGACGUGGCCAAGGCAAAGUACCCUACCUGCGGUCCUGCCUACCUCACGGAUCCCGCCCGCAGCGCCCGAGUGGGGCUUCAAACCAUUGAUGGAUCUCAGCAGUCAAAUUCCCCAUUUCCCCUGGAUCCAUCAGAGAGUCAUGGAGACGCUGCUCCGUCCCAGUUUUGCUCUCCCACGAGACUCUGGCACUCUACAACGGGAGAGGUUGGAGCUAUUCAUAAUCACCAGCCUCCCCGUCCUUGGAUCAUCCCAAUUGGCAUCAUAUUGUCAAUGGUUUCAAACCAAAGCCAUCAAACCAGACGAACCGGUCGGGGCACACGGGCGGGAGCUCCCCUGCAAAGCACCUGGUUGCCGUGA